AGGAGCGACAGCAGCAACAGCAGCUAGCGAUCGCAACAUUUGUUGUUGACGUUUGACAGCGACAACAAUUGCACACUCGUACCCAAAACACUGAUCGCGUUGAUCGCGCUAAUCAUUCCUAUGCCAUACGACCUGCGCGUUGGAUCACGCGGUGAAUUAGAGCAGAUACGUGUGCUUGCGGUAAGAAAAUUUAGUGGCCGUAAAGUUCUUGUGUUGUGAUCGUUGUGCGAAGCCGCGGUGCGAGUAUUGGAAAAUCCGACGAAUAUUCGAUAAGCCGCUGAUAAAAAGUAUAUUUAUUGUCAACUUACCAACACUUAUGCAUAUAUGCUCACAAACAUACAUAUGCAAACACUACGAAUUUACAACAAAAUUUCCUGUCGAACAGAUAAUUGUAUUUGAGAUCUACAACAGUAAAAACAAGCACAACAAAUUGCAGACUUCAGACAAAUUGUGUGUGUUUUAUUUGGAAAUUUAAAAAAUGAAUUGGCGGCAUUUAUUUAUUUUGGUCGCCGCAUCAUUGUGGAUUGACGUUGCUUCAUCGUUAUCACUUGAUCCAGUGGCCUCCGCGGAGCUGGAACAGCAUAUCAAGAAAGGAGAUUGCGUCAUUUCAAUGCGGCAUAUACGUCCUCGUCGUAAAUUACACAUCUCCAUAGAGGCCCUCUUCAUGAUCGACUUUCCCACACUGAAACAUAAAUUCUCAUUCUUUCUCGAUCGACGCGAACAGCGUGUCACCUUGGACAUAAGCGCCAGCGGCGUUACCGAAUCGAUACAAUUCAUUAUACCGAAUAUAAAUGAAACGAGUACAAUACGCUCGUUGGCAUUACAUUUCCAUAAAAAUCGAAUCGCUUUACUGGUCGAUUGCAAAGAGAGUGAUGCGCAUGAACUCGAUAUGAAUUUAUCGAAAUUAUAUAUACAAAUGGAUGAUCCGGUCAUAAAAUUGUUCCGUGAGCGUAAAUAUCCCCUACAUUUCGAUGGCAACUUGGAGAGCGCUUUGCAGCGCGCCAACUGUCAGAAGGGACUCAAUCGGCGUGGUAACCGACGUAUACUGAAAACGAAGGUGACUACGGAGCGAGAGAAAAAUAAGAAACGCGAUGUACGCAAUUUUUACAACUCGGAUAACAGUUAUGAGCGCUAUACGCAAAGGCAAUUACCUUUAGAUUUCGAACAACGCGGCGAUAUACCAAUGAUGCAUGGUGAUUGCGAAGACGCCCUCGCAAAAUCCAUCAGUGACCUAAUGGCUUUGGUGAAAUUGCUGCGUGAAGAUAUAGCCCACCAACGCGAGGAGAUCGCCUACUUGCGUAAGCUGCUAGAGAACUGUGCUGGUUGUAAGGAACCGACGGCCAACAACAAUCUACGCAUCGAGCCGACUUGUCGUACAUCGAAUCCCUGUUAUCCCGGUGUCGACUGUUUUGAGACAAUGGCGGGCCUGAGGUGCGGCCGCUGUCCGGCUGGCAUGAUUGGUGACGGCAAGAUCUGUAAGCCUGGCGUUACUUGCGCGGAGCAUCCAUGUUAUGUAGGCGUUCAAUGUCACGAUACACUGAAUGGUGCGCAGUGUGAUGCUUGUCCCAUUGGCUACGAUGGUGAUGGACGCAGUUGCAGCAAACACAAUCCCUGCGUUGAUGGACCGUGUCCCUCUGGCGUAGAGUGCGUUGAAAUGGACUUCCCACCAUAUUUCCGCUGCAUACCCUGCCAGCCUGGCACUCACAUGAAUGGUACCAAGUGUCGCGAUAUCAACGAAUGUGAGAUUUACCGACCCUGUGAUCCGAAAGUGGAAUGCAUAAAUCUUAAUCCCGGCUUUCGGUGUGAACCUUGUCCGUUGGGUUACGAAGGCAAGCAUGGUAGAGGUUUCUACUUGGAGUAUGUUGGGCCAGAUUUUCGCAAACAAACCUGUAACGAUGUAGAUGAGUGCGCGAAGGGUUCGGCCAAUUGUCAUGCGCAUUCGGUUUGCGUGAAUACUAUUGGUUCUUAUGAGUGCAGAUGCGUCGACGGCUAUUUCGCUAACGGCACCAACAUUUGCUUGCCCUCAGCCGAUAUGUGCCCGGAUGGCACGAUCUGUGAUCAUAAUGCCUAUUGCCAUCUCACGGAUAACUACAAGUACGCCUGCAAAUGCAAUGUUGGUUGGGCUGGUAAUGGCUUUCUGUGUGGACGUGAUCGUGAUUUGGAUGGUUGGGUUGAUUUCGACUUGAAUUGUGCCGAUAUACGUUGUAGACGGGACAAUUGCCCACACUUACCGAACUCUGGACAGGAAGAUGCUGAUAAUGAUGGUAUUGGUGAUGGUUGUGAUGAUGAUGCCGAUGGUGAUGGCGAGAAGAAUGAUAAGGACAACUGUCCAUAUGACUAUAAUGAUAAUCAAUCGGAUUCCGAUCACGAUGGUGUGGGCGAUGCUUGCGAUAAUUGUCCGUUUGUGCCGAAUCGUAGGCAAUUGGACACGGAUCACGAUGGCAUGGGCAACGAUUGUGAUGAUGAUAUCGAUAACGAUAACAUAGCAAAUAUGUACGAUAACUGUGCGACAGUGGCGAAUCCGAAUCAGUCCGAUGUGGACAACGACGGUAUUGGCGAUGCUUGUGAUAACUGUCCGACCAUACCGAAUCCGUCGCAGGAAGAUCGUGAUAACGACUUGGUGGGUGACGCCUGUGACUCGGAUAUUGAUGGUGAUGAUGAUGGUGUGCAGGAUAGCGAGGAUAAUUGCAAUUCCAUUAGCAACUCGGAUCAGCUGGACACCGACGGAGAUGGAAAAGGGGAUGCUUGUGAUGAUGAUAUGGACGGCGAUGGCAUACCCAAUCAUCGCGAUAACUGUCCGUUAGUACGCAACGCCGAUCAGAUGGAUUUAAAUCACAACGGUAAGGGCGACAUUUGCGAAUACGACGAAGAUGAAGAUGGCACGCCCAAUUUUAGUGAUAACUGCCCGAAUAAUUCCAUGAUAUAUAGGACCGAUUUCCGCGCAAUACGUUCAGUAAUACUCGAUCCCGAGGGCGAUGCACAACGUGAUCCCAAUUGGGAGGUGCAUGCCAAUGGCUCUGAGAUCGUACAAACGCUGAAUAGUGAUCCGGGUCUGGUUGUGGGCGAAGAUGCUUUCGGUGGCGUCGAUUUUGAGGGCACUUUCUAUGUGAAUGACGACACCGACGAUGAUUAUGUUGGUUUCAUAUUCAGUUAUCAGAGUAAUCGAAAAUUCUAUGUGGUUAUGUGGAAGAAAGCUGCACAAACUUAUUGGGAGUCAACGCCAUUCCGUGCCUCUUCUGAACCGGGCAUACAAAUUAAGUUGGUCGAUAGUAUAACCGGUCCGGGUUCGAUGCUGCGCAACAGUUUAUGGCAUUCGGGUGAUACGCCGGAUCAGGUGAAAUUGUUGUGGAAAGAUCCAAAGAAUGUUGGUUGGAAGGAGAAGACUUCAUAUCGCUGGUCGCUAUUACAUCGGCCGGCUAUUGGUUUGAUACGACUGAGAAUGUACGAAGGUGAGCAUUUAAUCUUGGAUUCGCACAACAUCUACGACUCCACAUUGAAAGGUGGCCGCUUGGGCGUUUUCUGUUUCUCGCAAGAGAUGAUUAUUUGGUCGGAUCUGAUCUACAAAUGCAACACGCGCGUUCCGGGCCUGAUCUACAAUGAACUGCCGCAUAGUCUUAAGCAAAAAGUGGACGUGGAUAGAUAG